UGUAAAGCAAAACUGAACCAACCAAGGCAGUUCUCGCCACCAUGUUCAAGCGAUUCAGUGUCGAUGAGCACAUGAGUACCAGCAGCAAGGUGAAGUCCUCGCAGCAGCGCAGCAUCCGCGCCAAGGUGCUGGAGCAGUAUCCGGACCUGGAGCCUUAUGCUGAGAUGUUCAUGCCCAAGAAGGCUCCUAUGGUCGUUGCGAAAUGCCACAACCACAUUCAGAUCGUGCUUCACGAGGGUGAGCCCCUCUUCUUCAACCAGCGUGACGGCCCCUUCAUGCCCACGCUUAAGCUGCUGCACAAGGUGCCGCACGUUAUGAAGCAGGUGCGCGCCGACAAGGGCGCGAUCCCGUUCGUGCUGUCGGGUGCCAAUGUCAUGUGUCCCGGUCUCACCUCGGCUGGCGGUGAUAUGCCCGAGCCACUGGAGGCUGGUACCCCCGUGGUAUGUACAGUAUGUUUCGUUGGUUUGGGGUGAUACUUAGGUUUUUAUUAUUUUUAUUUUUUUACAGGCUAUUAUGGCCGAAGGCAAGGAACACGCCAUGGCUAUUGGUAUCCUCACCAUGUCCACCGACGACAUUCGGAACAAGAACAAGGGUGUGGCUAUCGAGAUGGUGCACUUCCUCGGCGACGAUCUCUGGACGUGCUCGCACAUUGAUUAGACAGCAACGCACGGAGUGAUAGUCGUUCAAGUGAAAAUAGCAUUGACUACGGAUAAACCUCACUUGAUGCAGCUAUGUAGGUCCUAUUUGGCACCAGUUUAGCCUGCAAUUGGAAUUGGCCUUAUCUAUGGUACAACUCGUACAAUCAUGUAAGCUUACGUCCUGCCCU